AUGUAUCAAAUACUAUUACACAGAGGGAGUUUGCAGACUGGCUUUUACUGAUUGGUGAAGAAGAAGCCAAAACUUACUAUAGUGCAGAUGCUUUAGAUCAAAGCUCUUCUAUAUAUAAUCCAGCUCAUGAAGAUAU